AUGGCGCCCCCGGAGUACGUGCAGAUCGUCGGACAGGCGCAGCCGGCGUGCGUGACGGCGCCGCUCCCGGUGGUCUGGCUGGAGGGGGACGUCCUUGCCGAGUACGUGCAGUUCCUCAAAGAGGCCGAGGAGGCCGCGGCACCGCCGCUUCCCGGCGUCAAGUGGCUGAAGGGGGACGUCCUCGCCGAGUACGUGCAGUUCCUCAAGGAGGCGGAGGAGGCCGCGCAGCUUCCCGGCGUCAAGUGGCUGGAGGGGGACGUCCUGGCCAACUUCCUGCAGUUUCUCGCAGAGGACGAGCAGGUCGUGCACUACGGUAGCGGCAACAGCAGCAGCGGAAGCAACGGCGGCGACUUCAUGUGUGAGGAGGACCAAGAUGACGAGGAGGAGGAGAUGGACGACGACGACGGCGUGAUGGCCGACGGUGACCUUAGAGAUCAUAGUUGUGAUGUAGUCAAUGCCACAGAGGCAUUGGUACACGUGCGCGCAAAUGGGUCUGCUGCUGAUGACGUUUCCUUUGAGGUGUGGCGACUCGUUGGCAUGGCGGGACAGCGGCAUCCCCCGACCUUCAUUAAGAUCCAGCAGAAUCAUCUGCUCCUGAUGUUUGGUGGUGAUGAAGGCCGCUCGAUGCGCCACGAUGUUGUGCUCCUUGGUGCCCCGCGCGGCUGGCCUGGUUGGCUCGACAACGGGCACCUCUUGGUCACGGAUGAUUCCUGGAUCAACGUCUAA